AUGUCAUGCAAGGCACCGGGUGAGGAAAUAGCUUACAAAACAACACUAUCAAUCCUAAACAAGCUGUCAAACUAUUCAUGGGUUGCAAAAGUACUUACUCUUUCUGCUUUUGCUCUUGAAUAUGGACACUUCUGGUUUCUAUCACAGUAUCAAUCAACAGAACCACUUGCCAAAUCAUUAGGCAUUAUCGACAGAGUUCCUCAGCUCACCAAACCUCAAGCGCUGAAAAAACACUGCAACGCAAUUUUGGAACUCAACAAUCUGAUCAAGGCAACUUGGCAAGUGAUUGAUAUCAUCAUUGAGUUGGAAAGACUCAACUCACAUCAUGAUAUCAAGCAAGUUCCAGCUCUUGCACCAGCCUUGGAACAAUUCCCUGUUGAUGUCUAUUGGGUUAUCAUCACCAUUGUUGCAAUUGUUACUCAGUUUGAAUGCCUCACUACUGAUUCGGAUAAGAGGCAGGACUUAUCUCCAUUUGGUCAAAAGAUAACAUAA